AUGUUUCAGUGUACUCAAAUUAAUGGUGUAAACAAUGCAGUAAAGUUAUUUGGAUUAUGCUCUGUAUAUAUAUGGGCUUUAUUUAUCAUUUCAAAAUACAUUAUUCAUAAUCGACCUGAAUUAACACAACCAAUUAAUAAAUUAGAAGAAAUUCCGAAAUUAUCUACUGAUGCUGAUUUACGCAAUCUACCGUUGAUAUUUAUUGGAGGUCAUCAAAGUUCAGGUACUGGAUUAUUACGUGUUCUGCUGGAUGUUCAUCCAAUGGUUCGAUGUGGUCCAGAACCAAUAGUUACAAGAAAAAUAUUAAAACUCAGGCCGAAUAAUCGAAACGGUCAGGAUCGGCUUUCACAAUCUGGUGUCACACAAAGUGUACUUGAUAAUGCUAUUGCUGGUUUCAUUGUAUCAAUACUGAAGAAUAUGGGACCACCUGCUGAUAGGUUAUGUCAUAAAGAUCCUUCAUCUUACAUAUAUCUAAGGUAUUUAAGUGAAUUAUUUCCGAAAGCUAAGUUCAUUCAUGCAGUACGUGAUGGAAGAGGAGCUAUAAUGUCUACAAUAAUCCGUAGAAUAAAUCCAACAUAUACUUCGGAUAAUAUUCCUGAAGCACUUAACCAAUGGACGGCCUAUACAUCACAAAUGAUAGAAGACUGCCAACACAUUGGAAUUCAUCGAUGUAUGACUGUACGUUAUGAGUGUCUUGUCAUAAAACCGAAGAGAGAGAUUCAAAAAAUCCUUAAUUUUCUGGAUCUUCCAUGGGAUGAAAAACUACUGAAUCAUGAAAAAUAUGUUAAUGAAACUUCUAUGAUAAAUAAAUACGAAGCCAGUUCAGUUCAAUUUGUUAAGGCUAUACACAAAGAAUCUUUGUAUGCUUGGUCUAAAAGUAAUUCAAUAAUACCCAGAAAUCUUAUUACAACUAUGCAUCAGAAUAAUAGUCUAUUAGCUAGACUUGGUUAUACCAGUGGAAACAUUCCUCCAGAUUAUGAAGAAGUGUGUGAAGUUGAUUUAAAAUUGUAA